AUGUAACAAUUUCGAGUAUAAAUCCUGGCGGACCUUUUUUAUGAAAAUGUUUAUGCAGGCCGGCCGGCGCCUUUCAAAGCUUUGUCAAAGCUCACCUGAAAACAGCAUCAGAUUAUUAGGUCCGACCUUAUUUAAUAAACGGACAACUGAGGUCUGACCGAUUUGACCGUUUUAACGAAAACGGCCCUGAUGUGCCACAGGUGGAGACACCUGGCCGAGGUUCAACUGACUUUGGACAGCUGUGAUGUCAGAUGUCACUGUACCAGGGCUUUCAUACGUGAUGGUGAACUUGUUAAGCAGGGCAUGGUAUCUUGGCCUCGAGAGAGUGACACUUCCAGUACUGAAACAGAUGAGGAAAGCACAGAUAGACAGAGUGGAGCAGGGGAAGAGGAAGAUGGUGGAGAGAAAGAAGUAGUUAGUGGUGGAGAGGAAGAAGAGAAACAAGAGGACCAGCUAAUGAAAAUGAUGGGCCUCCCAGUAUCAUUUGGCAAUGGAACUACACCAGUCACUGGAAAGACAAAGAAAAAGAAAUCCCAUGGACACAAGAAGAAGAAGAAAAAGAAGAGAAAAAAUCAAAUGAAGGAAGAAGAAGCUGGUGAGGUAAUGGUAGACCUCCCUCAGCUAGCCCCAGAAAGUCUACUGGAAUUCCGUCAGCUGGACCUGGACGGUGCCUGGCAGGGCUACUGGGGACAGUAUGGUGAAUACUUAGUCUGGCAGGGCUGGGUCAGCAAAUACCCAGAACAGAUAGAUUUCGGAGUCUGCCAAGGAGUACCUCACACCACAGAGGUUGAAAUCAACACAGAGGAGGGUUCAGGGGUCAGCAACAUAGCAGAGGGAUCAGGGGUCAGCAACUUAGCAGAGGGUUCAGGGGUCAGCAACUUAGCAGAGGUUUCAGGAGUCAGCAACUUAGCAGAGGGUUCAGGGGUCAGCAAUUUAGAUGAGAGUUCAGAGAUGAACAAAUCAGAGGUUAGCAAGACAGAGGAAAGUUCAGAGGUCAAAAAAUCAACAGACAAUUCAGAGGUUAAAUACAAAAUGAAGGAUUUAAAGAUCAACAGCACUAUAGAGGAAACAAAGACUCUAACCAUAGUUGGCAAGGAGGUCAGCCCAAGUCCAAAUCAAGUCCGAAAGUCAGAGGAUAACACAAAACAAGAUUUAGAGGUCAAUACAGUUGAAUGUGCUGAAAAUGAUUAUCUGUUUGACAGUAAUAAGACACAAUGCAUAGGAACACAAAACGUCGAUCAAAUAAAUAAUGAGGAGACGACACCUGUUAGUACCUCUAAUGUUAGUAAUGACAGCUGCAAGUAUGAGAAGUUACCUUUAAACCAGUUUAAAACGUCUUUCAAUCAAGCCAUAGAAUCUACUCUGAAAGGUCGUGUUGAAGGUCAGCUUCAACCCAACUCUCUGUCACACCAGCAAGAUGAAGUUUCUGAUGCUGAGGAAGAUAAUAUGUCCAAUGAAAGGACAGAGAUUGUACACAUGAUGCAUUCUUAUGCCUCUGGUCCGAGUGGUCAGUUUGUGGCAAGUGGUCAGUGUGAAGAUGACAACAUGGACAAUGAGGAAGAUUACGAAGUGGAAUGGCAGGAAAUGUGGAAUGACCACUACACAGAAACUUACUGGUACUACUUCAACCAGUUCUCAACAGAGUUUGAUCGCCUCAGUCUCAACAACAGCAUCCAAGUUCACACCACAGGGGUGAAUGUUGACACUGAUGUAACCCAAUGUGACAAUAACCUUAGCAACAGUACUCAGGGCGCUAAUAUCCAUAGUGAUAAUCUUGUGAACAAUCGUCAGGGUGACAAUAGUUGUAGUGAAGGUAUCCAUGAUACAAUUAAAAUCCUUGGCAACAGUUGUCAUGGUGAUAACAUCACUACUGAUGCAAAUAGUGAAGUAGUGCAUGUUGGUAGUGAGCAGGACAGUAUGCAGUGCAUGCCUUUACAAUCUACCUAUGAUAAGAAUGAAUCUGAGGACAAUGGAGAUUGUUUUAUUAUAGAUAGGGAGAACAGGGAUGAGGAGGAGUUGGUGGAUGGUGGAGGGGCUGGCAGGAGGAAAAAGAACAAGUCAAGCUCUGCUAGUCAGAACACCACAAAGUCAAGCACCCCCAACAGAGCAAGUGGUCAAGCAUCAAAAGGUCAGGCAUGUGGCUGUGGGGGCGGGGAUGAACCUCCAGAUAAUCGGCCGGUGUACAUAUCCAGCAGCCAUGAGAUGGAUGAGGAUGUACACACUGAUGAAGAUAGUUCAGUGCAGGACCAACUCAGACAUAUGGGUUUUUCACUGAUGGAGGAGACUGAAAUGUCAGAAACGGUAGCAAAAAAGCCACGGAUCAGAGAAGGACGUGUGUCUUAUAAGGAUAAAUACAGGAAGUCAGACCUGAACUUGGGUAAAAAGCCUGUCCAUAUGAGAUUUGACAGUGAAGGACGUGAGCUAAAACUAUCCAAAAGUAAAAAACUGAACAAGGUAAAGACAUUUUUAGAUAAAACUAGUCAAAGUGGUUUGUUGACUGAAGCAGAGGAAAAGGAUACUCCAACAACCAAUGAAGAUAAAGAGUUUCAUUUUGCUGCAGAUUUUGCAGCAGCAAAUGGAAUAGAAGAUAUUGAUUGGUCAGAUGUAUCGGUUUCCUCAGAUGAUGACAGUGAACAAAAUAACAAGGAUUCUCCCAAGUUGGAGACAUCUGCUGACAGUACCAAUUUUCCAGACCAGACAAAAUCUGUGGUUAGUGUCACAAAGGGGAGGAAAAGACAGAAAAAGAAGAAGAAACAACCUCCCAUACCUGAGGAGAUAGCCUCUGACCUGGAACUGAGGAAGUAUUGGGCACAGCGCUACCGACUGUUUACACGCUUUGACGAAGGCAUCAAGUUAGAUAGAGAGGGCUGGUUUUCAGUGACCCCAGAGAAGAUUGCUGAGCACAUCGCAGACAGGUGUCGUUGUGAUGUCGUUGUGGAUGCCUUCUGUGGUGUAGGAGGCAAUGCCAUCCAGUUUGCCUUUACCUGUGAGAGAGUGAUUGCUGUUGACAUUGACCCUGCCAAGGUCGAGUGUGCCCGACACAAUGCGGCCGUGUAUGGGGUAGAGGAUAGAAUUGAAUUCAUCACCAGUGACUUCCUCAAGGUGGCGCCACUACUCAAAGCGGACGUUGUGUUCCUCAGUCCUCCGUGGGGUGGGCCAGACUAUCUCAACGCGGAUGUGUUUGAUCUGGAGAGCAUGAUGGAACUGAAAGCUUCAGAUAUAUUUGAGGCUUCUAAGAAGAUAACAAAUAACAUUGCUUUUUUUGUUCCAAGGAAUUCUGAUUUUGAGCAGCUGACAGCCUUGGCGGGACCGGGAGGUCACGUAGAAGUUGAACAGAAUCUCCUCAACAACAAACUGAAAACCAUCACUGCAUACUACGGGGAAUUGGUACUCGAUACAGACUGGGGUCAGAGGUCGGGAGAAGAUGGUGCCAAAGAACAGGAUGAGACAUGGGAAGAGGCCCAAGACAGGGACAAGAUGUCUACCGAGGCAGAAGAAGGGAGUAAAGUGUUGGACCAAAAUGAUAUCGGGAAUAAAGAAGCAAACUCAGGACAAGAUGGGUACACUAUGAUUACAGAAUGUGAACAAUUUGGAUGAUGUGCUGAAAAAAUGUAAUUUAUUUUUACAUUAUUUUAAAGAAAAGUAAGGUGUGCAUGCUGUCUUGAAAGAUGUUAUCUCAAAUAGUGAUUGAUGACAACUGAAUAGAGAUAAAAACUGUUGUCUAUUGGCAAUUUUAAAUCCACCCUGCGAAUGUGAAAAAAACGCCUUGGAUGUGGAUAAGGAACUGUGGAUCUAAUAGUGAUUAAUGGUGCUACAUGUUUUAUCCAAGACCCAGGAUAAACCUGGUAAAGGUUCACAGUAGCUGGCUCCUGUAUACAAUGUGUUCCAUGUUGGACAUGACAGUGUUAAAUGUGGUUUCUUCAGAUGAGAACUUGAAUGAAAUGGUGAGAACUUGCAUGAGAAUUAAUAAUUCAAGUAAAAAUUUUGAGAACUUCAUUGAGUACAAUGCUUAUUCCUCCACUCACAGAUGUGAUGUGUUUAACAAGGGAGGGACCUGACAUGUUAAUACAACAAAUUGCUUCAGUAAACCAAAUAAAUGUGAUUAUAGAACAAAAUCUUUUUAACCUGAUAAAUUAAUGUAUUAAAUGAAAAUGGU